UGUGCGCACAUUACGCACACAGCGUCGAAACAUCGCCGACCAUGGCGGAAUGUGGACGAGUUGACAGCCACACCAUGGAUAAAAGCAUUACUCUUCCGCCCGAUGAAAUAUUCCGCAACCUGGAAAACGCGAAGCGCUUCGCUAUAGACAUAGGUGGAUCUCUGACUAAACUUGCUUAUUACUCAACUGUGAAGCACAAAGUGGCCAAAGUCAGAUCUUUCGACCACAGCACAAAGGAAGCUGCCAGUGACAAGCUGUAUGAAAUCUCCGUCCAGGAAGAGGUGACUGCUCGUCUGCACUUCAUCAAGUUUGAAAAUGCCUACAUCGAAACGUGCUUGGACUUCAUCAAAGACCACCUGGUCAACACUGAGACCAAAGUGAUCAAAGCCACAGGUGGAGGGGCGCACAAGUUCAAGGUGCUGAUAGAAAGAAAACUGGGACUCAAAGUGGACAAAGAGGACGAGAUGUCCUGCCUCAUUAAAGGCUGUAACUUUGUGUUGAAGAACAUCCCCCAUGAAGCGUUCGUGUACGCCAAGCAUGCAGACUCAGAGUUCCGCUUUCAGACCACUGAUCCGGACAUCUUUCCCUACCUGCUGGUUAACAUCGGCUCGGGGGUGUCCAUAGCGAAGGUUGAGUCAGAGGAUAAAUUUGAGCGAAUAGGAGGAAGUUCAAUUGGUGGAGGGACUUUCUGGGGUCUUGGAGCUUUGCUCACCAAAACGAAGAGGUUUGAUGAGUUGCUACAGCUGGCCUCUAAAGGACAGCACUCAAGUGUCGACAUGCUUGUCAAAGACAUUUACGGAGGGUCUUAUGGAUAUUUGGGAUUGACUGGAGAUCUUAUUGCGAGUAGUUUUGGGAAAUCUGCGACUGCUGACAAAGAGUUUUCCAAAGAGGACAUGGCCAAGAGUUUACUGCACAUGAUCAGCAACGACAUUGGGCAGCUAGCCUGUCUCUACGCCCGGCUCCACAACCUGUCUCGAGUGUACUUUGGAGGCUUCUUUAUCAGAGGACACCCGCUCACCAUGCACACAAUCACAUACAGCAUCAACUUCUUCACCAAGGGGGAAGUCCAGGCCUUGUUUCUGAGACAUGAAGGCUAUCUCGGAGCCAUUGGAGCAUUUCUUAAAGGAGCAGAAGAAGACAACCCAAACCAGUACAGCUGGGGGGAAAAUUACGCAGGAAGCUCGGGCCUGAUGAGCGUUUCUCCAGACAUGUACCCAAUGCAGCGCGCCCGCAGUGGAACAUUCGACAUGUUGGAGAUGGACCGUCUGGAUAGGCAGCUGGUGAAUCUACCUCUGCUCCAGGAGCCUUCAUCAUACAUCCCCGACACCGUCGACCUCACUGAGGACGCUCCGGCUCGGGAAUACUGGUUGUUCUGCUUUGAAGAUGCCUUAGAUGGGGUGGUUAAGAGGGCAGUGGCGAGUCAACCCGACAUGCCGGAGGCCGCCGUGCGAGCCGAGAAGUUUCGUCAGAAGUACAGACACAAGCUCCAGACGCUCCGCUACCAGCCGUUUGCUUAUGGAUCCCUCACUGUCAGAAGUCUGUUAGACACGAGGGAACACUGUUUAAACGAGUUCAACUUUCCUGAUCCGUACUCGAAGAUUAAAGAGAGGGAGAACGACGUGGCUCUGAAGUACUACCAGAAGGUCGUCAAGUCCUUGGAGGAGCUGAGCUGGGAGGACAGACAGUUUGCUCUGGUCAGGGGCGUCCUGGCCGGGAAUGUUUUUGACUGGGGAGCCAAGGCCGUGUCGGAUGUUCUGGAAUCUGAUCCUGAGUUUGGAUUUGAGCAAGCUAAACGCCAGCUGGAAGAGCGGCCGUGGCUUGUUGACUCCUAUGACCAGUGGCUCGAGAGGCUAAAGGGUCCCCCUCACAAGUGUGCCUUGCUUUUCGUAGAUAAUAGCGGGGUGGACAUCAUUCUCGGGGUGAUGCCCCUCGUCAGAGAGCUUCUCUCUCGAGGAACUGAGGUGGUGUUGGCCAGUAACUCUGGUCCAGCCUUAAACGACGUCACCAAUGGCGAACUGCAGAUUCUUACAGAAAGGAUCGCUGCCAUGGACCCUGUCAUUCAGUCUGGCCUGAGAGACGACAGGCUGACGUUAGUCCAGAAUGGUUCCAGUUCCCCCUGUUUGGAUCUGAGUCGCCUGGACAAAGCUUUGGCGAUGGUGGUGCGUGAGCGGAAAACCGACCUGGUGAUCAUUGAGGGAAUGGGCCGUGCCAUCCACACCAACUACUUCGCCACGCUCAGCUGCGAGAGCCUCAAGUUGGCCGUUAUUAAGAACUCGUGGCUUGCCGACCGGCUUGGUGGAAAGCUCUUCAGCGUCGUUUUCAAGUAUGAGGUUCCGGCUGGAAAACCCAGUCAGGAAGCCGCUGUUCUGACGCCGUAGCGAACGCGGCGAUGCUCGUCAGACUGGAUUUGAUGCGGGAGAGCAGCUCUGAAUGUAAAGACUGGGAUUGUGUAUUAGAACUGGGUGAACACAUGAUUGUUUUAAUUGGAGAUCAUUAAGAGGAGAAUUUUAUAAUCUCUCUUUUUCUACAUUACUGAUUUUUAUUGGGCGUUUCUGUUCGGAGACGCAUUCUCCUUCAACUGAUGGGAAGUUUUCACUACCUGGGCUCUGAAAACAGGAGUUAAGCAUAAAAAUAAUACAUGUGUACUCCUCAAUAAUCAGGAUGCUGCCAACACAACUGCCGUACAUUUAGGGAAAAUAAGUGGCUGGUGUGUGUACUGGAGAUAAAUUCACACAGAAUUCAUCCAUUAUUAAUUUAAAGUACAUUUAAUGUGCCUUAAGCCUGAUGUGAUGCACGCAUCCUUUACUCAGAUGGAUUUUAAUUCAAGUUAAAAGCAAAUUCAAUGUUUUUUGGGUUUUUUUUUGCAAAUCAGGAAAUUAAACCAUUUUCCAUGGCUGCCAGGA